CACUGGUGCAGGGGGGAGACGACUACGGAAUCCUUUUGGGACAAGACCAUAGAGAAGGAUAGAGGCCUCUAGUGGCCAAAAUAUAUAUUAAGAUGGGAAGCGCCAUUGAGGGCUUCCACCAUUGUAAUGAAGUCAACUGGGUGGGACUUCCAACUUCAUUGAAUGAUCCCGCCUGGUGUCUCUGUUAGCGUCUUGUCCAACCGGGUCAUCAGGACGGAUCAGCCAAUCAUGAAGAAGAAAAUAUACUACUUCAAAAUUGAGAUUGACAGCAUCGGCAGACGCUAUAAUGGCACAGAUACAAAGAUGAGUCCUCUAUCUAGCUUUAUGGACGAGACAAUAGUUGUGAAUUCAAAUAGUAAUUUGCAUGGUUUGAGUCGAGUUUUCUGUGAAAAUGGUAUCGGCGGCGUUUAAAGAAACCCAAUCUCUCUUUACUCCCGUGACGGUUUAUUCUCUGUUGGCCUGCUCCGCUCAGUUCGUCGUGGGAUACAUCCUCGCGCAGAUAUGGGGAAGAAAAUGCUCUGGAACUGAUAGAUGGGUGCUCGUGUGGCUUUUCUACGACGCAAUUGUUCACAUUACCUUGGAAGGACCCUUUGUUUACAUGUCACUUGUUGGAACCGUGGCAACUUCAGACAAUAUUUUUGCUGAACUUUGGAAGGAGUAUGGAAAGGCAGAUGAGCGCUGGCUCCACUCUGACCCCACCAUCGUCUCCUUGGAGCUGCUGACGGUGGUCCUGGAUGGCAUCCUGGCGCUGGUGCUUGUCUAUGCCAUCGUCAAGGACAAACACUACAGGUAGGAACAAUGGUACUAAAUAUGC